GCAUGCGCAAUGUCUCCGCGGUAAUUAGGGCGGUUUCCUCGACCGGCGUGAGAAGACCUCAGGCUCCCGGGAUUCCUGUUCGUGCCACCUCGCUACCGCCUCCUCCGCGCCCGAGCGGGGUCGCAGGCUCCCGAGCUCUUUCCGCUCCCCGCCGCCGGCUUCCCUCCGCGGCGCGACUCUCAGGGCCAAGAUGAGCCUGUUUGGAGCAGCCUCCGGGUUUGGCACUGGGGGAGCCAGCAUGUUUGGCAGCGCCGCCGCAGAUAAUCACAACCCUAUGAAGGAUAUUGAAGUAACAUCCUCUCCUGAUGAUAGCAUUGGUUGUCUAUCUUUUAGCCCGCCAGCCUUGCCGGGGAACUUCCUUAUUGCAGGGUCGUGGGCUAACGAUGUUCGAUGCUGGGAAGUUCAAGACAGUGGACAGACUAUUCCAAAAGCCCAACAGAUGCACACUGGGCCUGUGCUAGAUGUCUGCUGGAGUGAUGAUGGGAGCAAAGUAUUUACGGCGUCAUGUGAUAAAACUGCCAAAAUGUGGGACCUCAACAGUAACCAGGCGAUACAGAUAGCACAGCACGAUGCUCCUGUUAAAACUAUACACUGGAUCAAAGCACCAAACUACAGCUGUGUGAUGACCGGGAGCUGGGAUAAGACUUUGAAGUUUUGGGAUACACGAUCAUCAAAUCCUAUGAUGGUUUUACAACUCCCUGAAAGGUGUUACUGUGCUGACAUGAUAUAUCCUAUGGCUGUGGUGGCAACUGCAGAGAGGGGACUGAUUGUCUAUCAGUUAGAGAAUCAACCUUCUGAAUUCAGGAGGAUAGAAUCUCCACUGAAACAUCAGCAUCGAUGUGUGGCUAUUUUUAAAGACAAACAGAACAAGCCGACAGGUUUUGCCCUGGGAAGCAUUGAGGGGAGAGUUGCCAUUCACUACAUCAACCCCCCAAAUCCGGCCAAAGAUAACUUCACCUUUAAAUGUCAUCGAUCUAACGGAACCAACACUUCAGCUCCUCAGGACAUUUACGCGGUAAAUGGAAUUGCGUUCCAUCCUGUUCAUGGCACCCUUGCAACUGUGGGAUCUGAUGGUAGAUUCAGCUUUUGGGACAAAGAUGCCAGAACAAAACUAAAAACUUCGGAACAGCUAGAUCAACCGAUAUCGGCUUGCUGCUUCAAUCACAAUGGAAACAUAUUUGCAUAUGCUUCCAGCUACGACUGGUCAAAGGGACAUGAAUUUUAUAACCCCCAAAAGAAAAAUUACAUUUUCCUACGUAACGCAGCCGAAGAGCUAAAGCCCAGGAAUAAGAAGUAGUGGCUGGAGACUUGUGGGUUGUCCAGAGUUGUCUUCUCUCCACUCUGCCUCAUCUCUGUACGAAUUUGGGUCCCAGCUUUCAGUGGGUUGUCAGCCAUGGAUAUGGAUUUCAACCCCUGAAGAAAACGAUGUCAUUGUUCAGCAGUCAGGAGCCUGGCGGCCACGGUGACUGUCCAUCUCUCCAUUCCACUGCCGGUUACAGGUUUUGUCUGUAACUCUUAAGGGGAUUAAAAUUAUUAUAGAAGUUCUUAGAUUCAUGUGGGCAACUGCCAGGUAUUUUGCAGUGCUUCAUUCAGCAGUGUAUGUAUUAGAGAACAUUGGGAAACAUUCUACGAGCCCUGUACUGUAUUUUGUAAUAAAAUAUUUAGAAGAUUGUCUACUAA